UUACGCUCCGUAGCGAUCGAAACGCAACUGUCACUGUCGCACCAAUAUGGAAGAGUGAUAGAGAGACAUAAUGCUUUUCGUUGUCGAAGCGAUAGCGAUUGUAACCUUGGCUAGGCCGGCAGCUUCGGACCUUGAGGACCAGUCUCUGGAUAUUAAGUAACAUUACUAAAAAUAUUUUGACACAAUUUUUUGUGUACAUCAAAUACAGCUAUGACCAUACGUUUGAUUUUUAUCGAAUUUUUAAGUAUUACAAAAAAUAGGAGCAUUUAAAAAUUUGUAUGAAAUCUGUUUAUCACUCCUAAUUUUUACAAUAAUCAAAAAAUGUAAAUAAAUCAAACAUCACACAUAGCUAUGGUUAAAAUACAUAAAAUUAUUUACCAUAAUGUCAAUAUUCAGAGAGGAAAAUGGGGGCCACGUUUUUAUGGCGAAGCGACCGUCCCCUUUCCCAUUAACAGUCUAUCUUACCUCGUCUCUACAACCAAACCUGCCCUAGCCAGUUACGCCAUUCAUGCUGCGUCUGCGCACAACAUUUUCGUUAAUUUCAACAGUGACGGCGAGAGUGACUGUUGUUUUAGUUUUUUUUUUGUGUUAGUGAAAAAGACAAAAUGAAGUUUUUACUGCUGAUGUUCCUUCUUCAUCAGUCUUCUGGAGUUAUUUAUCAUUUAAAUUUCACGGAGUACAGCAAAAUGCCAGAGCUGUAUCACAUGGACGACUACGACACGUGCGUCAUGGAGCCGGGGGGGACUUACUGCCUGUUCGACGCUGAUCUCUACUCGACAAACAACUCCGAACUCAUGCAAAUGAUCAAGGAAUACACAGCCUACGAAGUGAAGCAUUUCAACCACACGGUGGUGCAUCGAGCGCUGUGCGUCCAGAAGACUUGUAAAGACUUCAUGCAGAACAGGAGUCUAGAAAACGAGGAGGACCUAAAAGCUGUCCUUGAGGCGUGCGUGGAUGACGAGCUGUGGAAAGGAUACAAACUUAACGCCAGGUUAUCCGAAAUAACAUACUGCAAAAAACACGGCGAAAAGAGUUCCCUCAGCAUAGGAGACUACGUGGUCGGUGCUGUCUAUCUGAUAUUGAUCAUUUUGAACGCGGCUGGGACAUCAUACGACAUCCUAAAGGGCGAGAAAACAGGGAACCCGUACUUAAUGGCGUUUUCCUUGCGCAAAAACUGGCGUAAGCUGGUGGCGCCCAGCGGCGAGGGUCCCGAGCCUAGGCUCAACAGGCUCAAACUUUUCAACGGUCUGAGGGCGAUGACGAUGAUUUGCGUGUUCUUCUCCCACACGGCUCUGGUACUUGCAUACACCCAUCUCAAGAAUCCUUAUUACAUCGAAACGUCAUACGAUGAUCCUGCAAAAUACAUCUUGUUCAACGGUAACCUGGUGACGUACACGUUCUUCGUGAUGUCCGGAUUCCUACUGGCGUUUAACUUCGAGCUUCAUGCCGAGAAGCACCGAGUCAGUCUGUGGGAUUGGCCGAAGGGCAUGCUGAUGAGAUGGCUAAGAUUGACUCCAGUCUAUGCCCUGGUCAUGUUCACCGUGAUGACCCUGAUGAGGCACCUGGGUGAUGGGCCCCUGUGGCCCCACGUGGUGACCAGCGAGGCCGUCGCCUGCAACCAGUACUGGUGGGCGCACUUGCUGUACAUCAAUAAUUACAUCUUCGACGACACGCAUUGCUUCCCGCAGAGCUGGUACCUGGCAGCAGACACGCAACUCUUCGGUCUGGGCCUGCUCGUGUGCAUACUGUUCCGGAAGCCGCGUGCGCAGAUUAUAGCGCUGACCGUCAUGAUGAUAGUGGCGCUGGCCAUCCCCGCCGCGCAUCUGUACUUCCAGAACUUAGGGGCUGUGGUGCAUCUUUCGCCUGAAACCUACCGCACCCUCUUCCGAUUCAACGACACAUUCCGUAUCAUCUUCGUGGGCGGACACACGAACAUGUCCACGUACGCGCUGGGCAUCGCGGGUGGACUCCUCGCCUACCACUUGCUCAAGAAUGAAAAGAGCGUGUCUCAGAAGCUGCAGAAAUACCCCUGGAUCAUGUGGCUGACGUUCCCUAUCGGCGUUGGCACCAUCUUGUCCGGUGGUAUCUUCUACAUGGACGGCUACGAACCCUCGACCCUCCUGAAGAUCAUCUACGGCUCCAUCCACAAGCCCCUGUUCCAGUGUAUAAUCAUCUUUAUCAUCAUUGCCUGCAUCUUUAGGGUUGAAACCGUGUAUCGCGGCAUCCUGGAGUGGCGCGGCUUUACGUGGAUGGGUCGCGCGUCAUACGCCGGGUUCCUGCUACACUCGUUGUUCCAGCGCGGUCUGGUUGGCUCGCAGAGACUUCCUUCCUACAUGUCUGACUACAACAUAAUGGUGCUGUUAGCCGCCACGAUAUUCCUCGCGUUCUCCUGUGGCGCACUGCUUUGGGUGACAGUGGAAUCCCCCCUGGCCACGGUCACUAAGACCAUCAUGUCCCCGCCCAGAAAGAACAGGCCCAGACAAGAAGCUGAGACGGAAGAUGCUAAGGGAAAGGAUAUUACAACCAAAGUUUAGAUUUAAGUUAGUACCUUAGGCAGAAAA